AUAGGCCUUGGACCUCUUUAUUUAUCUAUGUAUGUUGAUCUCUGACGCAGGGCAAGUAAACCAACAAUAAAUAUUAAUGUUAUAGUAAACAUCAAGAAUUUGUUAAUUUAAAAUAUGUAAUCAAAGUACAUUUUAGUAGUUGUAUAUUUACAAUGUUAAGAUAGUUAGAUUAUUUAAGUUUUUCUUUAGGAUCUAGAACUUUCUAGCUUCUUUGCUGUAAACGUUGUUUGAUAAUUCGUGCUAAAACGUUUGCUAGAGUUCAGUUUUAUGGUUUGAGAUACACGAUAAACGUUUAUUUUCCAACUUUAUUAUUCAAGUUUUCCGCCUUCGUUAUGGUUGAUUAUAGCAAAUGGAAAGAUAUAGAGAUCUCUGAUGACGAGGAUGACACCCACCCAAACAUCGACACUCCGUCCCUGUUCCGCUGGCGGCACCAAGCUCGCUUGGAGCGCAUGGAGGAACAGCGCCGGGAGAGGGAACGCCUAGAGGCCAUCAAAAAAGAGCACAACCAGCAGUUGGAGAAGGUGAAGUCGCAGCUGGCACAAGCGGAGAGCGCGGAAGCCUCCGCCAACCUGACUUCUCUCAAGGAAGCACUCAAGAAUCUGGAGAAGGAAGAUGAAGAGCUGAGGAAAAAAGAAGAAGAGUGCAAAAAGAAGGAAAAGAUCACCCCGUGGAACGUGGACACCAUCAGCAACCCUGGCUUCACCAAGACGGUGAUAAACAAGCCGGUGCCGCGAGGGGACGCCGAGCUGACGGAGGAGGAGAAGGAGAGGCGCAUGCGGCAGUUCGUCAAGGACAACGAGAAGCUGCUGAAGCAGUACGGCAUGUUCCGCAAGUACGACGACUCCAAGCGCUUCCUGCAGGAGCAUCCGCACUUGGCUUGCGAGGACACUGCCAACUACCUCGUCAUCUGGUGCAUCAACCUGCAGAUGGAAGGAAAAGGUGAACUGAUGGAACAUGUUGCCCACCAAUGCAUCUGUAUGCAGUACAUCCUGGAGUUGGCGAAGCAACUAGAUGUCGAUCCCCGAGCAUGCGUUUCCUCAUUCUUCAGCAAGAUCCAGGUGGCGGAGGCAGAGUACAAGAAUUCCUUCGACGAUGAGUGCGACCAGUUCAAGACGCGCAUACGGCGGCGAGCGGAGGAGAAGAUAAAGGAGGCAGAAGAGGAAGAGAGAAGGCAACGGCUGGGGCCGGGAGGACUUGACCCCGUUGAAGUGUUUGAGACGUUGCCUCCCGAGCUGCAGAAGUGCUUCGAGACACAGGACAUCCCGCUCCUCCAGCAGACGAUUGCGGCUUUGCCCGAGGAGGAGGCUGUGUACCACAUGAAGCGCUGCGUCGACUCGGGCCUGUGGGUCCCGGACGCCCGCAAGAAUGCGUCCAGUGACGAGAGCCAGACCCUGGAGCCGGGCGCCUUUCCGGAGAAAUGACGGGUGUCGAUCCUUGCCUGUACAUUGCUCUUUGACUGCUUAACCCCCUGUUUGUCAUGUAUGUUGCAACAUAGCGUCAUGUUAUGUUUAACAUUGUGUACAUAUUUAGAGUGUAGUGCCAGAUUACUUAGUGUCUUUUACAGUCUUGAUUAUUAAUAUUGUUUUUUUAGCAUUGCAUAGUUAUUUUUGCAAAAUAUAAAAUAUCAAAUACUAUUAAUUUUUACUGGUAAGUAAGAAAAUCAGUGAUGUUUUUUAUGUGUAAUUUCUUUACUGUCAGACUUAAGUUUUCACAGCACACAUUUAUGUAAGUCACUAUUACUAGUUUCAUAAAUUUUGCUGCAAACAUUUUCGAUCUAACAUGUGUUAAAUCAGCUUUUGAGAAGUAUGUCGAGGUUUAACAGAGAUUGGUUGUAUUUUGUUGGAAAAAAAUUGCCUGAAUAUUCUUUAAACAUAUUAAUUGCAAAUAUCAAAAUGUUCAAAAGUUAUUUUGAUUGGAAAAUAUUUCUCUUGCAAAUUUUAGCUGUAAUAUAUUAGUGCUGUAAUCAAUCACAAUCAUUGUAUGUAAUUAUAGUUAAAAUUAUUAUUUGAAUGUAUGUUGGCUCAUGAAUUGUUAAUUACAAUUUUUUUCACAA